AAUGGCAAAGAAAUUCAAUUAUUGUAAAGUUAUUCUUUCAUAUUCGAAUGGAAGUGGAGGGGAAUGCGAUACUGACAGCUGCUUAACUUUCAGAUUCCAAACGGAAGAUUAUCUAAAUAGCCUAAGGUUUACAAAAUUCGGAAAGACUCUUGAAGAUCACAAAGACCUUAUUCAAAACCUUCCCAAAGAUUACUGUAUUUGUCAAUUAAGCGUCGCUCAAGCAUCUACUAAAUCAAGUAAGAGAUUAUUUUUAACUCGUUAUCACAAUGGUUGUCGACCAAUUAUCAUACCAAUAGGCGGAUUCGAACAGAAAGAGUGUCAAAAGAAACUGGAGAGAUUUAAAUACCUUAUAAAAGAAAUAGAUUAUUCUACUACUUUAACUGAUAAGGAUUCUUUUUGGAAGACUCGGCGGAAGUUGGACGAAGAAGUAAAGGUUUUAAUGAACGGCUCUAGUUAUUUGACGAGAACCAAAUUAAGUUGGUUAAUUGAUGUUUACUGCGAGUACAACGAUUUAUGCGUAGAUAAUGGGAAAUUUGUAGAUUCCCUUCUGGAAAUGGAUAUUUCUGUUUCGUCUGAUAAACCUUUAAUUUUGAUAGUAGAUAGGCAACUACAGCAUAUUCCUUUCGAAAAUAUGCCUUUUUGUAGAGAUUCAAUCAAAGUUUAUCGAAUGCCAUCAAUUAACUGCGUACUUCAGCAUUACAACUUGAUGAAUAAGGAACCUGUACAAUUCGAUAAUGCAUAUUAUAUCGUUGAUCCAGACGAUACUCUAACAGAAUCUCAAGAAAAUUUAGUACCCUUUUUAAAAAGUUUGGGUUGGAAUGGCGCAAGUGGUAAAUUACCAAUUUGGGAAGAAUUAAAGAGGGAAUUAGAAUGCAAAGAUAUCUUUCUGUAUGCCGGACAUGGAUCCGGCAGUCAAUGUUUCUCUAAAGAGGAACUAUAUCGCCUGAAAACGAAAUCAAUGGCUAUUUUAAUGGGCUGCAGCAGCGUUCAAUUAACCACUGAAGGAGAGUUCGACGCCAGCGGUCGAACUGUCUUGAACUAUCUUAGCAGUGGCUGUUCGAGCAUUAUGGGCAAUAUGUGGAAAGUAACGGAUAAGGAUAUCGAUUUGUUUACGAAAGAACAGAUAAGGUCUAUCAGUUUAGCUGAAAGAGGAGAGUUUGUGCCCUUUAUAUGUAAUGAAGCGAGAGAGAAUUGCAAUCUAAAAUAUUUGACAGGAGCUUCACCGGUAAUAUACGGACUACCUUUACAGAGAGCAUAA